GCACUUUGGCCCUUUCAAUCUCAACCCUGUCAUUAUGGCUAAAGGCAAGGGUAAAGGCUUUGCUUCUGGAGCGAACACCGUCGUCCCUGAAGGUGGUGUUGCCCUUCCCAAAAAUACCAGCGCUGCCGCUGUCGCCGCCGAGGCUCUUCCUCAGUUGGAGGAGAGUGCUUUCGCCGGCUUGCGACAGAAGAUCGAACAGCGCUUAAAGGAUCAGAACAACGCAAAGCAGAAGUCGAAGAAUGGCAAAGGGAAGUCCGCGCCAGCUGAUACUCCUAAGAAGAAUCAGGAGGUCGCAUCGAAAGCUGAAUCGAAGCCGGCUGCCGGGAACGAUAAGAACAACAAGGGCACGAAGCGGGAUCGCAAUGGUGAUGUGAUUGCCGCGGGCGAGACGAAGGGUAUCGGCAAGGAAAAGCCAAAGGGCAAGGAAGAUAAUGAUGAUGUUCUGCGGCAGGAGAUCUUGGCUCUUGGAGGUACGGAAGAGGACUUGGACCUUCUGGCUGGUGUUGAUUCCGAGUCCGAGGUCGAGAAUACCACCGGGAAGAAAUCCAAGGGCAAGUCUGAGGAGGACUCCCUGAGAAAGGAGCUUGCUAGCAUGCUCGCUGCCGCCGGUCAGGUCGUUCCUGAUGACCUCGAAGACGAGGAAGUCGAAGAGGAGGAAGAGGACGCCGAAGAGGACGACAAUGAGGACGAGACAGGUGACAUGGAGGACGAUGCUGAGGUUGACGACGAGGAGGAACUGGUAGAUGAGGACGAAGACGAUGCGGAAGAAGAGGCUUCAGAAGAUGAGCCUCCUGCUCCGGCCCCGAAGGAGGACAAAAAGGAGAAAGCCGCUAAGCAGGCCGCUCCUGAAAACAUCUUUCCCAAGGAAUUCUCCAAAUUGUCCGUUCCCCCUAGAUCCGACUGGUACAUGAUCGAACUUCCCACCAUCGCGAAGAAGGAAUCGAACCCUGUUCCGCGCCACCUGAUCGAGCGAUUCCACAACCAUGCCAUUUCGCUGCUCGAGAAGGAGGCUAAAGAGUACGCUGACGCACAGGCGGCGUCCGCUUCAUCAUCCCACAAGUUCUACACUACCAUCAUGUCCACCGGUACGCUCAGCGAUAAGAUUUCCGCCUUGACGCUUGCCGUACAAGAAUCGCCCCUCCACAACACCAAGGCUUUGGAGAACCUGAUUGCGCUGGGCAAGAAGCGCAGUCGUGCUCAGGCUGUUGAAGUCCUCCGGUCUCUUAAGGAUAUGUUCGCCCAGGGUACCAUUCUGCCCAGCGACCGCAGACUUCGGGCCUUCGCCAACCAGCCUUCGCUUGUGGCUGCAUUGCAGGGUGUGAGCAACCGGUGGUCCGAGGGAGACGCUCUGCCUAACGGUCUCCAGAACAGCCAUCUGAUCGUCUGGGCCUACGAGCAUUUCCUCAAGGACCAAUAUUUCGAGGUUUUGAAGAUUCUUGAAGUCUGGUGCAACGACGAGAUUGAUUUCUCCCGCUCUCGCGCUGUCAGUUAUGUCUACGAACUGUUGAAGGAGAAGCCUGAGCAGGAGACGAACCUUUUGCGCCUCUUGGUGAACAAGCUUGGUGAUACUUCCAAGAAGAUCGCUUCGCGAGCCUCUUACCUGCUAUUGCAACUCGAACAAGCACACCCUAUGAUGAAGCCCACGAUCAUCUCCGCUGUUGAGGAAGUCCUCUUCCGACCUGGUCAGAGCCAGCACGCCAAAUACUACGCCAUCAUCACACUGAACCAGACGGUCCUUAGUCUCAAGGAGGAGAAGGUCGGCGAGAAAUUGCUCGACAUCUACUUCGCCCUCUUCGUGUCUCUGCUGAAACCUGCUAAGGAAGAAACGGGCAAGGGCCACAAGGGUAAGAAGAAUGGCAAGUUCGGAAACAAGAGCAAGGGCAAGGGCAAGGGCAAGGACGACGACAAAGGCCAAGCGCAAACCGAAGAGAUGCAGGAUAAGUUGACAUCUGCAGUCUUGACUGGUGUGAACCGAGCUUAUCCCUUUACCAGCUCCGACAGUGAACGCCUGUCCAAGCACAUCGGUACUCUCUUCCGCAUCACGCACUCAUCCAACUUCAACACUAGUAUCCAGGCCCUCAUGUUGAUCCAGCAAUUGACGGCCUCUCACCAAGUCGGUGCGGAUCGCUUCUACCGCACUUUGUACGAGUCUCUGCUCGACCCUCGACUCGCGACGUCCUCCAAGCAAUCCCUGUACCUCAACCUUCUCUUCAAGUCUCUCAAGAAUGACUUGAACACCCGCCGUGUUAAAGCCUUUGUCAAGCGUCUCCUCCAGAUUCUCGGGAUGCACCAGCCCGCAUUCAUUUGCGGUGUCUUCUACUUGAUCCGCGAGCUGGAGAAGACGUUCCCUGACCUCAAAGCCUUGUUUGACCAGCCUGAGCUUAACGACGAAGAUGAGGAGGAAGUCUUCCGAGACGUUCCCGAUGAAGACGACGAGCCCCAGGAGCAGCCGGAGAAGACAACCCCCGAGAAGCCCUCGACCCGUUAUGAUCCCCGCAAACGGGACCCCGAGCACAGCAACGCCGACCGGACGUGUCUCUGGGAACUUCUGCCCUUUUUGUCUCACUUCCAUCCCUCGGUCUCAGUCAACGCGGCUCAUCUCCUUGACCACCAAACAAUGAGCGGCCAGCCCGACUUGACUAUCCACACUCUCACCCACUUCCUUGACCGCUUCGUCUACCGCACUCCUAAGGCGGCGGCGACCACCCGCGGAGCCUCGAUUAUGCAGCCUCUUGCUGGCAGCGACGCUAAGGACCGCCUCGUUGCUGCUGUCAAGACUGGCCCGCAGUUGCAGCUCAACUCGGAAGCCUUCUGGAAGAAGAAGGCGGAAGAUGUGGCGGCCGAGGAUGUCUUCUUCCACGAGUACUUCAACCGGGUCGGCAAGGGCCAGGAGAAGGACCAGGCCCGUAAGAAGAAGGCCGCCAACGCUGCAGGUGCUGAGGAUGAGGACGGCGAGAUCAGCGAGGCCGAAUCCGAGAUCUGGAAGGCCCUGGUGGACUCCCGCCCCGAGCUGGAAGCCGGUCUUAGCGACGACGACGAUUUGGACCUGGAUGACCUGGAAUCUGCCUACGAUCAGAGCGACGACGACGAAGCCGGUGGGGACGACGAAGUGGAGAUUAACCUCGACUCCGACGAGGAGAUGGAGGACAUCGACGAAGUCCCCGCGCCGACCAAGAAGACGAAGAAGGCCAAGGCAGAAGCGGAGCCGUCGGACGACGAGGAUGCGUUCGACAUGGACGUCUCGGACGAGGAGGCGUUCAUCGACAGCGACGAGGAGCUGCCGUCGGACGUGGAGCUCGACGCUCACCUGCCCACGGCGUCCAAGGAGAAGGACGAGAAGGACAAGGACAGUGGGCGCAAAAAGCGGCGCAAGCUCAAGCACCUGCCUACCUUUGCGUCGGUGGAGGAUUAUGCGGCCCUGCUGGCCGGGGAGGACGAGGGGAUGUGAUUCUUAUUUUGAUGUUGCUGUACUUUGUCAAUCGCAUUUGCAGAUACCACAAAAGCUCUGUCGUAUUUCUCUUUUUU